GAAAACACCAAAAGAGUCUUGUGAUAAACAGUCAAACCUCAAAGACACCUUUUCCACCCACAAAAAUUACUGUUAUGUGUGCAAGAAACCUCAGUCUAAAAUUGCCCGUCACUUUAAAAAGCAUGAAGACAGUGAAACGGAAAUUGCGGCUGCAUUUCUGCUUCCUAAACACUCCAAGGACAGAAAAAGGUUACUUGAGAAGCUUCGAAACAGAGGCAACUAUGAACAUAAUCAAGAGGUUAUGGCGAAUAAGAGUGGACCACUGAAGGUUAGAAGACGACCAGUAAGAUCCGAGAUCGAAUUGAGUACCAAAACAUAUGUGCACUGCAUAUACUGUAAAGGCCUGUUUGUUCGCAAGGAGUUGUGGCGCCAUACACGGAGAUGUCCUUCAAAGAUUUGUUCCGAAUCUGAAGCAACUGGUAAGGCCAAAGUUCUAGUUUUGGCUGAUAUUGCAGAGUCAACAUUCUCUCAAGCAAUCUCUCCUGAAGUGUGGAAAAUCUUGGGAAAUAUGAAGAAUGAUGACAUUUCAUCUGUUGUUCGAAAUGAUUUUCUCAUACUGCAGUUGAGUCAGAGUCUUUACAACAAACACGGAAGUGAUCCAACAAAAUUUGAAUACAUCAGACAGAAGGUACGGGAAGUAGGCAGACUCUUGCUAAGCAUGAAAAAAAAUUCGCCAUACUUAGCUUUGAAGAUGCUUUGAAGCCAAACAAUUUUUACAAAGUCAUUGAGGCCGUGAAAGAUGUUGCUGGUUAUGAAGAAAAGAGCCACUCAUAUAAGACACCAAGUCUUGCACUAAAGUUAGGACAUUCACUUAACAAAAUUGCUGACAUCAUUCUCUGCAGGGCCAUCGCAGGAGAGGAUGAUGCUCUGACGAAAGCAGCAGAGCGAUUCAAAAGACUCUGCUCAAGUGAAUGGGCAGAACAUGUCUCCCAUGCUGCUCUUGCUACUUUAAGCAAAUCAAAGUUCAACAAACCAUCUACCAUACCAUUCACACAUGAUGUGCAGCUUCUCCACCAGUGCCUAGAGAAGAAAUCAGCUGAUGCUUUUGAAAACCUGAAAAACCACGAGUCUUCACAGGCAUACGCAGAACUCGCCAAAGUGACACUGGCACAAGUAAUCAUCUUUAACCGACGUCGUGCAGGAGAAGUUUCAAAAAUGACACUUGAGUGUUUUAUGAAAAGAGACCAAACUGAGCUCCAUGAGGACAUAGCUCUUGGUCUGUCUCCGUUUGAGCAAAAAAUGUCCAAGCAUUUCAGCAGAGUAGAAAUAAUGGGCAAAAAAGGGAGAAAAGUUGCUGUUCUGCUAAGCCCUGAUCUUGUUGGAGCAAUACAACUUCUUGUGGACAAGAGACAUUCAUGUGAAGUAGAUGGGGACAACCCCUUUCUAUUUGCAAGACCAAAGUGUUCAGCCACUAGUUUCUUCAGGGGACAAGACUGCAUCAGGCUUUUUGCAAAUCAGUGUGGUGCCCAGAACCCUGAAUAUCUCAGAUCUACACAACUCCGUAAGCAGGUUGCAACAAUGUCCCAGAUUCUUAAUCUUAAGGAUAAUGAGCUGGAUCAGCUUGCCAACUUUUUGGGCCAUGACAUUCGGGUCCAUAGAGACUAUUAUCGGUUGCCAGAUGCAACUAUAGAAAUUGCAAAAAUCUCAAAGCUGCUUCUGGCAAUGGAGAAAGGAACCCUUGCAAGUUUCCAAGGAAAGUCUCUUAGUGAAAUUGAGAUUGAAGAUGAAAUUGAUCCUGAAUUAGACGACGAAGAAGAAAGUGAUGAAGACGGCGAAGAAUCGGAUUCUCUCCAUGGAGUAAAUGGAAACAAAAAGAGGGUGGACCAUGUAAAGUCGACCCAGGAUGAGGAGACUGAAAGUUCCAACGGAAAACGAAAAAUGCCCCCAAAUGAGCCUGUCAGCUCCACAGGAAAACGAAAAAUGCCCCCAAAUGACCCUGUCAGCUCCACAGAGGUCAAAUCAAGGAGAAUCGUUAAAAGGCCAUGGACUGCCAAUGAAGUGAAUGCCGUUAUGAAACAUUUUAAAGUCCAUAUUUCAAAGGGACAUCUCGCAACAAAGGCAGAGUGUGAGCAGUGCAAGGCUGCAGAGGACCCUGUGCUAGCAGAAAGAACUGUACAAAACAUCAGGGAUUUCGUGAGGAACCGAGGUUUGAUGUUGUUGAAAAAAAAUAGUUCUUAGACAGAUCAUGGUCACCUUCUUUUAAGGUUUGUGGCUUUUGUUACUGUAAGUUUACAAGUUAAAUGACUGGCUAACUAUUGUUCUCUUGUUAAAACUUUAAAAUCUCUCAUUUCCAUAGUUAAACCCAGAUCGUUCUUACAAUACUAGGUCGUCAUUUACAUACACACACCUAACUAACACCCGAUUGAGAAGACGAUUUGGGUUUAGCUAGAUAUCAUUCACAUACACGCACCUCGGAAACACUUAAUUCCUGUCCAUGUUAACCAAAAUUGUCCUCAUAAUCAGAUAUUACUUAGGUGUGUGUGUAUGUACGUGAUUGAUGUCCAGUUAAACCCAAAUUGUCCUCACAAUUAAGUGUUACUAAGGUGUGUGUGUGUGUAUGUGAUUGUCCAUGUAAACCCGAAUUGUCCUCACAAUUAAGUGUUAUUGAGUUGUGUGUGUGUAUGUGAAUGAUGUCCAGGUAAACCCAAAUUGUCCUCACAAUUAAGUGUUACUGAGUUGUGUGUGUGUAUGUGAAUGAUGUCCAGGUAAACUCAAAUUGUCCUCACAAUUAAGUGUUACUAAGGUGUGUGUGUGUGUAUGUGAUUGUCCAUGUAAACCCGAAUUGUCCUCACAAUUAAGUGUUACUGAGUUGUGUGUGUGUAUGUGAAUGAUGUCCAGUUAAACCCAAAUUGUCCUCACAAUUAAGUGUUACUAAGGUGUGUGUAUGUGAUUGUCCAUGUAAACCCGAAUUGUCCUCACAAUUAAGUGUUAAUGAGUUGUGUGUGUGUGUAUGUGAUUGAUGUCCAGGUAAACCCAAAUUGUCCUCACAAUUAAGUGUUACUGAGGUGUGUGUUUGUGUAUGUGAUUCAUGUCCAGGUAAAUCCAAAUUGUCCUCACAACUCAGUAACACUUAAUUGUGUGUUUGUGUAUGUGAAUGAUGUCCCAUUGACCCCAGAUUUAUUCCCAUGAAGGGUUAGUUAGGUGUGAGAGUACAACACUAUUUUCUUGAAAU